GAUAGGUAAGUUGAAAAGUGUCUCAUUAGAAGAAAUUGGACAACUUAUGCCAAGCGUGCCAAGAGCAAUCGACCCCUACCCACGUAUGCCAAGCGCCGGCAGAAGCACUCCGCCGCUUCGACCUUGUGAUGUCCGCUCAGAAAUGUCCCAACAAGCAUAUACAGUGGCGUCUGACAGUGAAACAACUGGUGAUGACCGACAUUUUUCUGCAGCCUUUGAACCUGCUAUAGGACUUGAUAUUGGAACUUCAAGGUGUAGUGUUGCAGUAUGGGAUGGUGCACGCGUAGAGCUGCUGAGGAACCCCAGAAAUCAGAAAAUGAUGCGCUCAUAUGUGAUGUUCAGCCAUGAGAGUCCUUCGGGGGGUGUGAGCGAUGAAUUUGCCCAUGAUGAGCAAGAGAUCCUCUCGGGAAGAGCAGUUUUCAAUGUCAAACGCUUGGUUGGCAGAACAGAUACAGAUCCUGUUGUUCAUUCAAGCAAGACUCUGCCAUUUCUGGUGCAAACCAUGGAUAUUGGUGUUAGGCCCUUUAUUGCUGCUCUUGUUAAUGGUGUAUGGAGGUCAACAACACCAGAAGAGGUCCUUGCAAUCUUUCUAGUUGAAUUAAGAGCCAUGGUGGAGGUUCAAUUUAAACGAGAUGUGCGCAAUGUUGUUUUGACAGUUCCAGUAUCUUUUAGCCGUUUCCAGCAGACUCGUAUGGAGCGUGCCUGUGCGAUGGCUGGUCUUCAUGUGCUACGGCUUAUGCCAGAACCAACUGCCGUUGCACUUAUCUAUGCACAGCAGCAGCAGCAGGCUAUGCAAGGUAAUGUUGGAAGUGGAUCCGAGAAAGUUGCCCUUAUCUUCAACAUGGGUGCAGGUUAUUGCGAUGUUGCUGUAACAGCUACAGCUGGAGGUGUUUCACAAAUAAAAGCUCUAUCCGGGGCAACAAUAGGUGGUGAUGAUAUAUUGCAGAAUGCCAUGAGGUACUUUGUACCCGACCUGGAUAGUUUCUAUUCUGGACAUGGCAUUGAUGAGAUCAAAGCGAUGGGAUUUUUAAGGGUUGCAUCACAAAAUGCUAUUCAUGCUCUCUCCUCUCAUACCAGCACCAUGAUGGAUGUUGAUAUGGGCAAAAGGCCAAGAUUGACCAGGAGCUUUACUCGUGAUGAAUUUGAAGCAAUCAACAGGGAAGUGUUUGAGAAAUGUGAAAGCUUGGUAAAGCAGUGUCUGCACGACUCCAAGCUACUCCCAGAGGACAUAAAUGACGUGGUUCUGGUUGGUGGUUGUUCUCAGAUUCCUACGAUCAGAAGCAUGGUUCUGAAUCUGUGCAAGCAUACAAGUCCUUAUAAGGGGAUACAUCCAUUGGAGGCUGCAGUUUCAGGUGCUGCAUUGGAAGGCGCAGUGGCAUCAGGAAUUACCGAUCCCUUUGGCAAUUUGGAUCUUCUCACCAUUCAGGCUACUCCUUUUAGCCUUGGUAUUCAAGUGGACGGAACAAAUUUUGAGCCAAUUGUUCAGCGGAAUGCAACCAUCCCCGCAAGGAAGGAGAUGAUUUUCACGACCAUGCACGAUAAUCAAACACAGGCCCUGGUUAUUGUUUAUGAAGGUGAAGCCAAGCAGGUUGAAGGGAAUCAUCUCUUAGGUUUCUUCAAAGUUGGUGAUCCCCCUGGCCCAAAAGGGUCUGCUAGAAUCAGCGUGUGCAUGGAUGUGGAUGCAUCAAACGUAUUGCGAGUGCUUGCCGGAGUAAUAUUACCUGAGCAACAUGGCUCUAUGCCCUUUAUAGAGGUAAGGAUGCCGACAAUUGAUGAUGGACAUAGUUGGUGUACUGAUGCACUUUUGAAGAAGUAUGGCUCCACGCUUGCCAUGGCAUCGAUAAGAAAGGAGGAAUAAAUAGAUACUGCCCUACUACUGGUCCGCCUACUUUGUUUCAUGUGCUUAGGGAAUUUACUUUCUCCCAAGGACUCCCGUGGUGUCUUGCUUUUCAACUUUCAAUUGCUUCGCGUUGUAUCCUGUCUUGUAACUUUCCUGUAUGAGUACUGUUUUGUGUUUCUAGUGUAAAGACAGACAGAACUUGUCUGAAAGUGGACCGUUGAUAAUGGCAUGUAGUCAUGCUUAGUCUUUGUGCAA